CACUUUUGAGAAUGGCACCUAGAGGUUAUGCAAAUGAGGACAUAACAUCUAUAAUUGACACUUUUUCCAUCAUAAAUCAGAAUGGAAUUCUAUCUACUGAUAGCGAAGACAAUUUAGAGACCGAACAAGACUCCGAGCCUGAAGCUGUCAUCAACGACAUAGAGUUGUCGAGUUCCAUUAAUAAUGGAGUAAAGUGCACAGCAAUGAACAUCGACAGCACAAUUGAAAAAAAAGGAAAUGAAACGAAUACUAAUACGGGUGAUCUGUCUGGGUUUUUCGAAAAACUCUGCUUUAACUACUUAGAUUUCACUGACAAAAAUCCUACAACGUAUCAUGUAAUAUCAUAUUUCACUCAGCUUUUGACAUCCUCCAGAUUUAAGUAUAUACCUGAGUCAAGCUUUUUUGAGCACACAAAGAAAGGUGGCUUGUUCUUUACCAAGAGGGAUGAUCAAUCAAUGAUCGCCUUUGUUGUCGGUGGAAAGUGGGUUCCUGAGAACGGUAUUGCGGGCAUUGGAUGCCAUGUUGAUGCGUUGACUCUUAAAUUGAAACCAUGCUCUUUAAAAACACAAGUUAGCGAUUAUGAGUUGUUGGGAGUUGCACCAUACUCUGGGGCUCUCAACCAUUUAUGGCUCGAUCGUGACUUAGGAAUUGCUGGGUCAAUUCUUGUUCGCGACAGUGUAUCUGGAAAAAUACAAAGAAGAAUCAUAACUUCAGGUAAGCAUGCAGUUUGUCGAAUUCCUUCUUUAGCACCACAUUUUGGCAUAGGCGCAAGCCCACCAUAUAACAAGGAAACUCAGAUGAUACCUGUAUUAGGUUAUGGAACAGUUGAACCUUUGGCUACAGACGAUGAAAAGACCAGCGCUUUGUACGGGAAACAUUCUUUGGGUCUCUUAAGAUACAUUGCGAAACUAGCUGAUGUAAAGGUAUCGCAAAUGGUAGAGGCAGACUUGGAUUUGUAUGAUGUUCAGCCAGCCACUCGUGGUGGGUUAUCAGACGAGUUUAUAUUCGCGCCUCGUAUUGACGAUAGACUCUGUGCCUUUAGUGCCAUUCAUGGACUACUCAAGCACUCUAUGGUAGGCAGCUUGGAGGAAUUUGAUGGAUUUCUGAUUGUUCUUCUUGCUAAUAACGAGGAGAUUGGGAGCGCAACUCGAACUGGAGCCAAAGGCAAGCUUUUGAACAGUGUCGUCGAAAGAGUUCUUGUGUCCAGAAAAUACAAGUCUUCAGACUUGGCGCUAGUGUUUGCAAAUUCGGUAAUAUUAUCGGCAGAUGUAACUCAUGCCCUAAACCCGAACUUCACAGAAGCAUAUCUUGAGAGACAUUCCCCUGUUCCAAACAAGGGCCUUGUAUUGAAAUUGGAUGCAAGUGGGCAUGUCGUGACUGAUCUGACUGGCCAGCUUCUCAUGAAUCUAAUUGCUCAAAAAAAUAAUCUCAAAUUACAAGAAUUCCACAUUCGCAACGAUAGACCUUCUGGUGGAACGAUAGGGCCUAUGUUAGCGGUUGAUACUGGAUCAAGAGUUAUUGAUGUUGGAUUAGCUCAGCUUAGCAUGCACAGUAUCAGAGCAUCCACUGGCUUCAAAGAGCCUGGUAUAGGCGUCAAGACUUUUGAGGCUUUUUUCAGAUGCUGGAGAGCCGCAUUAUCUGAGAUUGAAUACGAUUAAGUACUGUAUAAUUGCAAGCUUAUAAUUAAUUAUUGAC